AUGGAAGCGCCCGAGCAGGAACAGACCCCCUUCGCGGCCGUCACAGCCCACACGUCGAAGCUGCAGAGGCAUUACCAGGCACUCCUCGACCAGUCGACCCCCCAUGUGCUCUACCGAUGGGUCGGCACCGGCGUCACCCUCGUCCUCUUCUUCAUUCGCAUUCUCCUCUUGCAAGGAUGGUACAUCGUCGCCUACGCGCUCGGAAUCUACCUGCUCAACCUCUUCCUCGCCUUCCUGCAACCCAAGUUUGACCCGUCCAACGACGCCAUCGACACGGAGAUGGAGGAUGGCGCCGUCGGCACCCUCCCCACCAAGAGCGACGAGGAGUUCAAGCCCUUCAUCCGCCGCCUUCCCGAGUUCAAGUUCUGGUACUGGGCCACGAGGGCCGUCACCGUCUCCUUCUUCUGCACCUUUUUCGAGCUCUUCAACGUGCCCGUCUUCUGGCCCGUUCUGGUCAUGUACUGGCUGAUUCUCUUCGUCCUGACGAUGCGAAAGCAGAUUCAGCACAUGGUCAAGUACCGCUACGUGCCCUUCACCAUCGGCAAGAAGAGCUACCGGAAGGACAACUCGUAA